AUGGUCAAGACGUACGUGAUAGCGCCCAACUUCUCCAUGGCCCCGCCACCCCGCCUUCGACGGCCAGACGAAACGCCCGAGUUUGGCCCCGUCGCGGCAGCACCCGUGACAGGGCCAGGCAUCGGCGAGGAUCUCGACAAGGGCCAGCCCCUGGCCGAUGACGAAGCCGCGACUGACGACGACGGAGCCGCCUCCAAAGACGAUGACACUCCUGCGCCUGACGAGCCGACCUUGAUCCCGACAGCCGAGGGCGCAGGUGCACCGACCAGCAUCCCGCCGUAUCACCCCCUCGUCGAGCUUCAACUGGGCGAUGUGCUGAUCCACCCGUUCGGCGCGGAGCUAGCGGCGUUGAACCGGGACUGCCGGGUUGCCAUCGACGCCAACCACUACGAGAAGAUGCACCGGACCCGCAACUUCAACAAGACUCGCCGGGAACUGCUGAACGGGCGGCUGGGCGUAUGGGAGAGCCUCUUUGCCGCCAUUGGCGCUGGCCCCGAGCUCAACGCCAGCAUCUUCUGGGAGUCGCGCUCCGACGACAUCAUCAAGACGGACGAGCUCCAGACGCGUCGCGUCCGCAUUACGAAGCCAUAUGUUGAAAAGGUGUUGGAAUCCCCGGCCGUGAAAUCACACCUUCAGAACUUCCCGAAUGAUGUUCUAUGGAUGGUUUCGGGCAUGAAAAUCGCCAAGGGAGCAAGUCAGACCAGCGGAAGCUCCACCAACAUGGGCGCCGAUAUUGGUGCCAAGGACAAGCUGACGGCCUCGGAGCUGAGGCUUCUCAAACUUCUUUGGAAGAGAUGGGAUCGAACCACGUUCCAAGCGUCGUCCGAGUUCAUCCUGGCUGUCCAGCUGCGUCGCAUCAGGCUGGUAGAGGGCAAGCUUGUCAGCGUGACUUUGUCUGGGCGACGUGCCAACAUGGCAGAUGGUGCCAAGAGACGCGAGGAAGAAGUCGUCAAUGUUGAACUUGAGGGGAUAGACGAUAGUCUUUCCGACGCCGAGGAGCAGUUUAGCAAUGAUUUCGAAAAGAGAAAGGAUGCAAAUGGUGACGAGCUGUUUGUGCCGGAUCUGUAUGGUGAUUUGAACGAGGAAGAUAGUGAAUCGGAGGAAGAAGACUAA